GAACUCGCGGGGGCAAGAAGACGGAUGCACGGGUCUAUUGAAAACAGCGCACGCCACGGAGGAGACGGGAACAGAGAGGAGGGUGCAUAAGCUACACUAAAUACUUUCCCUUUAAACAGGGGACACGGCGGCGGGGGAUAGAUAGAGAGGGGAGAGGAGAAGAGAUGUAAAAAAAAUAAAAGGAAGAAAGACAGCGAGGGUGGGAGGGAGAGAGAAAUAGAAAAAAAAAGAAAGAUGUCGUCCUCUCGUUUGAAAAACCGAGGCGAAGCUUUCGAUUGCGGCCGAUCGGGGACUCUCUAGAUAGGGACACGAUUUUACGCAACACCGAGGCUUUGGAAUCCACCACCGCUUUGGCCUCUCGGAGCUAUCGAAAUAAAUGACUCUUCGUCCACGUAUUUACAAACAACUGCGGACUUAUUAUUAUUACUUUUUAUAUUUUUUCGUUAUUUGUAAUACCCAAAUUUUGCAUGGAUUUGAGAAUAGGAUUUCUUCUUAGGCUAUAAUAUAAAUAUACAAUGUAAAUUGCAUUGUAAAUGCAUCAUUAAAAGCAUGCAUCAACCAUUUUGUCGCAUUUUAGUUAUAAUAUCAUGUUGCAUCCUUUCGUCCCACACCAUAUAACAUUUUAGUUGAACAUUAUCAUUACUGUCAAAAAAUAUUGUCAUAUAACUGACAGCCUUUCAAAAUUGAUCAUUCAUCUUCAAUAAUAAUUUAUGCUAUUGAAUGCACCGCGAUUUAAACUUUCACACAGAGAUAUUCACCUUUGAUAUUUGAAACUGCAGAGAGGAACUAGGUAGGCUGCAGACAUUAUAGCAGGUGGAGUGAUUCAUCAGUUGGCCCCAGCCUAUGGUUGGUUGGCGCCCAAGUCUCAGGUGGAUAUAUAUUUCUAGUUUUGACUCUUGGACUAAAAGUAUCUAACAUCAUCCUGCUUCAAAAUGGAUUCUUCUUGGAGUAAUUUUCUGUUUCAGACUCCGCCCUCACAGACCCAGUCUGAGACAGCCCUCCAAUCAGAGCUGCUUCCAGACAUGACUGGCUCCGCCCAGAACCCCCCUACAGAGCACAUAGCCCCGCCCCCAUCCACAGUGGACACAGCCGCCCUGAAUGAAGAGCCUUUACCUGAAAAGGCCGUCUCCAAGCCUGGCCGGCCCACACACAUCUGCGCAACAUGUAACAAGCAGUUUAAGAACAACUACAACCUCCGGCGCCAUCAGUCGGUGCACACUGGCAUCAAAAUGAAGGACAGAGCAGCCAGAGAGAGGGAGGACGGGAGCAAGGGAGGAGGAGGGGGGCGGCAAACAAUCCCUCUCUCCCUCCUCCACCUCUCUCUGCCCUCUCAUCCUCCUCCCGCAGUAUCCCUCCCCCAACCCUCCCCACUUGGAAACCAGGAGGGCCAACCUGUUGCGGUGGCCAUCGCCCCAGCGACCGUCACCAUGGCUGCGCCCCAGGUGCUCCAAGCUGCAGUUGUGGUUGCCGGGACAAUGGUACAGAACCAGAACCAGGGGCCUCAACCCUACCCCAACCCUAGCCCCAACCAGGUGAGGAAGAACCAUGCAUGUGAGGCCUGUGGGAAGGCCUUCCGAGAUGUGUACCACCUGAACCGCCACCGGCUUUCCCACUCGGACGAAAAGCCCUACCACUGCCCCAUCUGCCAGCAGCGCUUCAAGAGGAAAGACCGCAUGAGCUACCAUGUACGCUCACACCAAGGAGGGGUGGAGAAACCUUACGUCUGCCCCCACUGCGCCAAGGGAUUCUCACGACCCGACCACCUCAACAGUCACGUCAGACAGGUGCACUCCACUGAGAGACCCUUCAAGUGCCCGACCUGCACGUCUGCCUUCGCCACGCGGGACCGUCUCCGUGCCCACCUGAUUCGCCACGAGGAGAAGGUGCCGUGCCACAUCUGUGGCAAGCUCCUCUCUGCCGCCUACAUCACCGAUCAUAUGAGGGUCCACAACCAAUCACAGCACCACGCCUGCCACCUGUGCAACCGCAGCUUCACUACCCUCACCUAUCUGCGUGUCCACGCUCAGAAACACCACGGCCAGGAGUGGAAGGAGAGCGGAGGGACGCGGGGCAUGUUCGGCGGGGCCGGUGCCGGCGGGGUGCUGCUGUGCCAACUGUGUGGGGUGCAGUGCAAGACACCCACCCAGCUCCAGGGCCACAUGGGCACCCACGCCGUCACCCAGGUCCAGGGCGCCCCCAGCCCCAGCAGUAGCCCCGCGGGGACCGGUACCAUGGCUGUGGCCGUGUCUCUGUCAGGCAGCUCAACCGUGGGCCUGCUGGUCACUGACUGCUCCAGCAUCGCCCCCCAGCCUCUCAGCUAGCAGCCAGGCCCAUUGGAGAGAGGGAGGGGGAAGUGGGAGAGGGGAUGGAGGUAAAGGGGUGCCGUAUAGACUGCAGUUAGGACAGCUUGAAAGAGGAUUGGAUGUGGCACCGGGGUGAAAUUUCUCCUAAGUACAGGCCCUGGAUCAGUUUCCCUUCCCCCAAUCCUAACCAUUAAUGGGGAAAAUGAAAUACUGGCCCAGGAUCAGCAUAUAGGGGCAUUCACCCCCCAGGGCCCCAUUUGUUUUUUUAAACCUUUAUUUUACUAGGCAAGUCAGUUAAUGACAAAUUCUUAUUUUACAAUGAUGGCCUACCCCGGCCAAACCCGGGGUAGGUCCAGGCAACACUGGGGUAGGCACAGGCAACACUGGGCCAAUUGUGUGCCGCCCUAUGGAACUCCCAAUCACAGCUGGUUGUAAUACAGCCUGGAAUCUUUGUAUUUGAUCCUAUUUAAGAUGUUGCUGUUGUUUACGCAACAGUCACUUUAUCAACUGCCAUUGGUGGCCACCAGAGAGAAGAGGAAAGGAGAGAUUGUGGAAUCCCCCUUUUUUUUGUAUCAAAUUCUACUGAACGAAAGAGAAUGUUUUCCUGUUCAAUAUGUAACUUUUCCAUUCACAUAGAACCCAAACUCCCAUAAAGAUGUUUGGGAUUUUACAAAUGCAUUGCUAUUUCUUUUCCUUGGAAAUAUUGAUUAUACAGUAUAUGAUCACCCAGACUGAGCUGUGGUCCUACAUUGGCUUUUUGCUUUUUAAGAUGAACAGUAUCCCAAGAAAGGACUGUUGCCUUUUCAACAGAAACAUGUCAUCACCAUGUAACUUUACCAUAUCACUUAUAGACAGAUAGCAUCAAAUGGGUAUUUAUUUGUCUGUAUAUUUGGCCACUGAAUGCUCGUCUUUCUUUGCUUCCUAUGAUCUUGUUGUUAUUAGUCUGGAUGCUCUGAUUUUUAAUUCUCUCAAAGUUGAAUUGGUCUGAAAAGUAUUUGUACUUUUGUGACGCGUUUUUGUGAGAUUGCAUUCUAGACUGUUCAUCUGUUGGUGUAGAAUUUCCUCUGUUAAUGUCACUGUAUUAAAGCGGUAGUAUGUAUAACCUAUAUGCACUUUAUCUGUGAACAUGUACAGCAUCUGAUAUCAGAGGUGCCAGUAGAAUAGAAAAUGAUUAUGUCUCUGGAGAAAAAUGUAAUUCUUAAAAAA